AUGCAGCUUGGAGACACCACACCCAUGGAAACCUCUUCCGGUGAGGCUGUGGCGGCGCAUGACGGUGGCGAGGUGAUUAUGAUGGAUGCAGCUUCCGGUGAAGAGAAGGGAAAAGAGGGUGGUUUAGAAGAAGAAGGUGACAAGAUCAGCAACUCAUGCGGUGGAAACCGAUGGCCCCGCCAAGAAACUUUGGCUCUCUUGAAGAUAAGGUCGGAUAUGGAUGCUGUAUUUCGUGAUUCAAGUCUUAAGGGUCCACUUUGGGAAGAAGUUGCAAGGAAACUAGCAGAACUGGGUUACCACCGAAGCGCGAAGAAGUGCAAGGAGAAAUUCGAGAAUGUGUACAAGUACCAUAAAAGAACCAAAGAGAGUAGAAGUGGGAAACAGGAGGGCAAAAACUAUAAGUUUUUCGAUCAAUUACAAGCCCUUGAGAACCAAUUCACUGUUUCUUACCCGCCAAAACCACAACCCACUUUGACAACAACAAACACGGUUGCCUUGUUACCUCCCCCAACAAGACCUAGUGACACAACAACAAUCUCUUAUGACACCACCACUGUUCCCUCCACAAACCCUACAGCAAUAUCUCCCUCUCCACUGCCACCACCACCACCACCACCUACGAAUGCCACCACCACAGCCACCAUCAGUUCUCCAACAAUACUAACCAAUCCUAGAGAGCCUCCUCAACCGAACAACAAUAACCAUAACACCCCUUACUCUUUGCCCAACAUGAAUAACCUCUUCUCCAACACUUCAACCUCUUCAUCGACGGCCUCGGAUGAAGACUUGGAAGAGAAGUACCGAAAGAAGCGAAAGUGGAAGGACUACUUCAGGAGGCUCACAAGGCAAGUCCUGGCCAAGCAAGAGGAAAUGCAAAAGAGGUUCCUCGAAGCCAUAGACAAAAGAGAGAGAGAACACGUGGCACAACAAGAGGCUUGGAGGAUCCAAGAAAUGGCAAGGAUUAAUAGAGAACAUGAACUUCUUGUCCAAGAAAGAUCAACGGCAGCAGCGAAAAAUGCAGCAGUCAUUGCUUUUCUGCAACAGUUAUCUGGUCAGAACCAGAACCCCACAACACAAGCCGGUGCCAAUUUCCUUCAACAACCACAUUCACUACCACCUCCAACCCAAGUAUCGAAAGUACAACCACCGCAACAACAAUCUCCACAACCACAAACACCAUUUGUGAUGUCAAAUAAUAACAAUAUUGAAAUUCAGAAAAUGAAUAAUGGUCACAGUGCCGUUGCUGCUACUCCUACAACUGCUAUUUCCGUUGUUGCUACUACUCCUACUUCAUUGAGCUCCUUAUCUUCUUCUAGGUGGCCAAAAUCUGAAGUUCAUGCUUUGAUAAGGUUGAGGACGAGUCUUGAAACCCAGUACCAAGAAAAUGGACCAAAGGCUCCACUGUGGGAGGACAUAUCAGCAGGAAUGUUGAGGCUCGGAUACAACAGGAGUGCCAAGAGAUGCAAAGAGAAAUGGGAGAACAUCAACAAGUACUUCAAGAAAGUCAAGGAAAGCAACAAGCAUAGGCGCGAGGAUAGUAAGACAUGUCCCUAUUUUCAUGAACUCGAUGCGUUAUACAAAGAAAAGAGCAAAAAUCAGAACCCCUUUGGCGCAUCAUUCCUCAACAUGAAGCCACAUGAGAUGAUGGAGCCCUUGAUGGUGCAACCGGAGCAGCAGUGGAGACCUCCCUCCCAAUACGAACAAGGUGCAGUGAAGGAGAACAAUGAAAGUGAAUACGUGAGAAAAGAAAGAGAGGAGGAAGAGGAAGAAGAUGAUGAAGUAGAAGACGAUGGUAAUGAAGAGGGAGAUCUAGAGAGUGUGGAAGAUGAAGGAGGUAGCCGUUAUGAGAUUGCGACAAAUAAACUUUCAUCAGUGGACACAGUUGAAUGA